UUGUUCAGAUCGUUUCGGAUUAAGUGUUGAAAGUGUUCGUUCCAUCUAAAAGUCCUUUCAGGAAGAUAUCGGGAGAAUGUUUCUGCAAUCGAUAAUUUUCACCAUAUUUCUUAGCAGCCUUGCGUUAUCAGCUACUCCCGAUGUAGAGCUGCAAUUACUUCACGUGGUAUUUCGCCACGGUGAUAAAGUGCCCCAUCGAGAGUUUCAAAAUUAUCCCAAUGAUCCAUAUCGCGACUACUCUUACUAUCCAAUGGGAAACGGAGACCUGACUAAUCAAGGCAAGAUGCGAGAGUACAAAAUCGGGACAAUGUUGCGCGAGAGAUACGAUCAAUAUUUCGGACCGGAUUAUUGGCCGUCCAAGAUCUAUGCCCGAUCUAGCGAAGUCCCGCGGACUCAGCUGUCUCUCCAGUUAGUUCUGGCAGGAUUAUUCCCGCCCUCCGAGAAGCAAACCUGGAAUCCGCACUUGCCCUGGAUUCCGACAUGGACGUUCUUCGUGCCAUACAAGACUGACAACCUCUUGUUUCCGCAUUAUUGCUAUCGAUACAUGGAAGAAUAUCAACGAUUCCUUCAACUAGAUGCGAAAGAGAUGAUUAAUAAGUACAAAAAUAUAAUGGAUUACUUGACGGAUCACACCGGUAAACUAAUCAAUACUACGGAAGCAGUUGGUCAUUUAUAUAAUCUAUUGAAAGAGCAGAAUGCACAAAAUUUGACACUGCCAAAGUGGACGCAAAAUGUUUUCCCGAGUCCGAUGAUAGAGUUGAUAGAGUUAGAUUUCAAACUUCGAUCAUAUACAAAAACUUUAAAAAGAUUAAACGGAGGCAUGCUGCUUCGUAAAAUAGUAGAUGAUAUUCAAGAGCACCAAACAGGAAAAUCGCCACGUGAUAGAAGAGCUUUUCUAUUUGGCGGCCACGAAGUUAAUAUAGCUGCUCUUGCCUACACUUUAGGAACAAACGAACCAACAGUACCACCUUAUGGUGCUACAAUCAUUUUAGAAACUCUCCGAGACAACAAGGGAAUUUACUACGUUCGGGUUUUAUUAUGGUCUGGCGUUACGGAACAAUUGAAAAUACAGACAAUCCCAGGCUGCGCAGAGAUAUGUCCCUUUGAGGACUUCCUCAGAAUUGUGAAGGACGUUCUGCCGAGUGAUGAUGAGUAUUACUGUCAUCGGGAUAAAACAGAGGAUCUUAAAAAAAACGCACAUCAUCGAUCGUCGGCAGCAUGUAUCGCUAACGACAAAACUUCGUGGUACAUCUUUCUCACCGUUCUCUUCGCAUUUAUAUCAAAAUUCGUGCAAAAGUGA